CUGCCCUUCCAGUUCCAUCUUUUCUAAACCACGGUGCUCGUUCGCGCAGCCAACAUGCUGGCGGCGGCCCCUCACUCGUGCCUGGGAUGAGCUGUCCUGGCGGGCCUUCACGCCCCCCGCGAGGAUACCGUGAGGCGGUGUCCGACUUCCUGAUGGUGGUCCUCACCGCGCUGGGCCCCGGCGCAGCGCGCCUCUUUUUCUACCCGACCCUUCUGUACACCCUGGUGAGGGAGCGGCUGCCGGGCUCGCAACGGCCGUGGUUCAGCCGCAUCGACCACGCCGUGCUGCUGGGGGCGCUGCCGCUGCGGGGCCGGUGCCGUCAGCUGGUAGAGGAGGAGAAUGUCCGAGGAGUGCUCACCAUGAAUGAAGAGUAUGAGACUCGCUUCCUGUGUUGUUCUCCACAAGAAUGGGAGGCAAUGGGAGUAGAACAGCUGCGCCUUAGCACUGUGGAUCUGACUGGAGUGCCCUCUUUGGAGAACCUGCACAAAGGUGUAGAGUUUGUACUGAAGCAUCGCGAACGUGGGCAUAGUGUUUAUGUGCACUGCAAAGCUGGCCGCUUUCGCAGUGCCACCAUGGUUGCAGCCUACUUAAUUCAGCUCCACCAGUGGACGCCUCAAGAAGCAAUAGAAGCCAUUGCCAAGAUCCGUCCUCAUAUCAUCAUCCGCAGUAAACAAGUUCAGUUGUUAGAGGACUUUCAUAAGUGUGUAAAUGUUGGAAUUCCUGUACAGGCACCGCAAAAGCUACCAGAGGGAGAGCAGGAGCCAUCAGCAGUCAAGGAAGGAGAGCACAAAGCAUCACAGUACACUCGAGGCACCCCUUUGAAAACACCUGGUUCCUAACCUACUGUUUAGGAAUGGACCAUCAUUGUUUCAGCUACCAAUCAAUUAGCAUCCUCCAGCAUUAGAAUAAAAGCUGAUAGCUAAAAGGUUC